UCGAGAAAGUCAUCUUGCACGGAGGCCUACCAGCUUUUCUUUAUUAGGAUUAGUGAUUACGUUGGGAUAACACGAGUUUCCUCAAAAUGACAUCGAUCGAGAUAAAGAAUUGGACGCCGGAGUACUAUGUCGCAAAUCAGUCGGACUGUCAGCAAAUUCUGGAAGGUUCAGAUGCACUGAUGGAAAUACCGUUGUUGAACAAUGCUCGAUUACACGACAUCAAAGAUAAAGAGUUGGUCAGAUUCCGAGGGAUGAUUCAGGAUAUGUAUAAUCCUGAGUAUUAUUUUAAGCAGUACGAGGUGAAGAACACAGACACAGGGGAGAGUAACAUUAGAUCCGGGAUGUAUAUGGAUGCGGCUCGAUGUCUGCCGCACGAAGAAAUAUCGUUGUAUUCCAACAAGAAUAAAAACUCAGAGAGACAAACUUACGUUGUGAUUUCUAUACCUGGGUUAAAUGACUGGGCAAAGGAAAAGAGUACGAAUACACGGACUUCUGAUGCAACGACACACAACAAUAGUAUCAGUAAAAGGAGUUUGGAUGAUAAUGACUCAGAGGAAAUGGAUUGCUCGGAACCUGUUACAAAAAAAGAGAAAGUCUCAGAUAGUAAUGAUGUAGACAUGAGCAAUACAAAAGUUCAAAAUAUGUUAUCAGAAGAUCACAUAUUGAAUUUUCCAAUUCCAAUUGAUGGGGGAAGAGCUUGCAUAGUAAAGGUUUAUGACGAGACUAUCUUAAAACUGAACCAGGUUAUCGAUGUAAUAGGAUUUAUAUCGUUGGAUCCAAUAUUAAGUACUAUUCAUGGCUCAGAUGAUGAGAUGAACGAAGCCGAAAUACAUACUCAUAAUCCACCGGCUUCCCUAGUACCUCGGUUACACGCAGUAAAAAUAAUUGAGCUCACAAAACCUAAAAUUUUAAAUGCUCCGGAAAUAAUGUCUAAAGCACAGCUCAUCAGGAGUGAUUUGCACAUAAUAUUAAGUCAAUUACUAUUUGGAGAUAGCUUAGCUGCGGAUUACUUGAUAUGUCACCUGCUUUCUACAAUAUAUAUGAGGAGAGAUUACUUUUGUCUCGGUACAUUUCCGUUGAACAUAACGAAUUUUCCAGCGAGUAAACUCAAGAUUUUCCCGAAAGAGUUUUAUAAUUUUCUAAAAUUAUUUGUAAAGAAAAGUCACUUUUUGGAGAUGACUUUGGAAAAUUUGAACGAACUGGCUUUAAUUCCGAAGAAGGAUUAUGAAUGCAAUAGAUUGACGAGUGGUAUUCUUCAAUUAAGCAAUAAUACGCACCUUGUAAUAGACGAGACAGGCUUAACCACCGGUACACUUACUGGGACUGGCAAGGAAAAUUAUAAAGCCCUUUCUGAUCUACUUACGUUUCAAAAACUGACGUACGACUUUAAGUAUUACACAAUGGAAUACGAAACAGACAUCCCAAUUCUAAUCUUUUCCGAUGUGAAGUCGUUCGUUCCUUGUCCCAUUCAAAUUAUUUUAAAUGUCGAUGCGGAUUCGGAAAAUUUAUAUAGUCAGGUAGUUGAAGCUGCACAUCAGUAUUUGAAAGAUGAGAAUCGAUUGGCGAAUAUGCGUCAGUACAUAGAAGCCUUGAAGGACGCAGAAUUCGUUUUUAAUGAAGAAAUCACAAAAACUAUCCAAGACGAUUUUGUGAAGAUGCGCAGUGCAAACAAGAAUAUAGAUGCAGACAACCUACACGCAUUAAUGGUUUUCGCUAGAUUAAUGUCUUUAUCUUAUGGACAAACGACGCUAGAUAUAGAAUGCUGGAAGAAAACCGUGCAAUUGGAAAUGGAAAGAAUGAGUAGGCUGCCACAGCGCGGAAGGACGAAAGUUCAAUAGCCGUUUAAUAGCCCAUAUUCUCCUUGGCGUGCCUCUCAUUACGUUCCUUUUGGACACUUCGAAAUCCUAUCCGGGCGGAUUCACCGUACCCCUUGGAAUGAUCAA